AGUUAUUAGUUCGGAGCGUUACCUAGGAAAGUGUGGUUUAGGUUGCAGUAGCUCAUGAACUAAAAUACGGACAGUGCUUUUAGAUCACCACAACAAUGAUGUCCAUGAACAGCAAGCAGGCUUUCAGCAUGCAUCCUAUUCUGCAUGAACCAAAAUACACGCCGCUGCACUCCAGUUCAGAAGCUAUCCGAAGGGCAUGUCUUCCUACACCAUCGCUGCAGGGUAACAUAUUCGCAGGUUUCGAUGAGACCUUGCUUCAAAGAGCAGAAGCACUGGCAGCAGUGGAUAUAGUGUCCCAGAAAAGUCACCCUUUCAAGCCGGAUGCCACCUAUCACACCAUGACCAGUAUGACUUGCACCCCUACCUCUUCGACGGUUCACCUGCACCACCCCUCUGUCCUUACCGGCCAUCAUCAUCAUCAUCAGCCCUCGCAAGGUCUUGAGGGUGAACUCCUGGACCACCUCACGCCGGGACUCUCACUGGGGGGUAUGGCGGGGCCCGAUGUGGGCUCAGCAGCGUCUCAUCCCCAUGCACACAUGUCUGCCAUCAACCACAUGCCCCAUCACCACCCGCAGACAAUGAAUAUGCACCCGCACAACCUGGGAUCUCACACUUCGCUGGGCAGCACUGGGGAAUCCGAGCCAGACCCGCGAGAGCUCGAGUCGUUUGCUGAACGAUUUAAACAGAGGAGAAUUAAACUCGGAGUUACCCAAGCGGACGUAGGUUCCGCGCUGGCCAACCUGAAGAUUCCAGGUGUUGGCUGCCUCAGUCAGUCUACCAUAUGUCGGUUUGAGUCGCUUACUCUGUCCCAUAAUAACAUGGUAGCACUUAAACCAAUUCUUGAAGCCUGGCUGGAAGAAGCAGAGCGGGCACAGAGGGAAAAAAUGACCAAACCAGAAAUAUUUAAUGGUGGGGACAAGAAACGCAAGAGAACGUCGAUUGCUGCACCUGAGAAGCGAUCUUUAGAAGCGUAUUUUGCCGUGCAGCCUAGACCAUCUUCCGAGAAGAUAGCGGCCAUAGCCGAGAAACUGGAUCUCAAAAAGAACGUGGUACGAGUCUGGUUUUGCAAUCAAAGACAGAAACAAAAAAGAAUGAAGUUUUCAGCAGCGCACUGAGGAAGAAGGACCACAGAUUCACUACAAAUAGACGUCUUGGACCUUCGUUAAUACACUUGUAUUGUUUUACAAAAAUCGCUGGGACAAGAAAAAAAAAAAGAAAACUUUUGAUACAACCCUCGAAAAAAAACCCAAAAACGAAUUAAACGAGCAAAUCCGGCUAAAAGGGGAAAAUAUAUUGUUAUUAAUUAAUAACACGGGGCGGAUAAUAUAAAACACCCUGUUUGAACUGGAGAAUUGGAAGACAUCAUUUUGGGUUUAGUACAAAACUUUAUUAUUGACUUUAAUGGCAAUCAUUGUAUAAAACUCAGAGAAACUUGAAUAAUAAUUAUUAUUCUCUUUAGUUGACAAAUAACUCUUUUAUAUUUAUUAAUGUAAAUACUAAAUUGUAAAUACAUUUGCACCUAUGUGUGAAGAGCUCAUUUGUUCUUUUUUAUAAAUACUGUUGUUGGUUUCUGCCUAUUUUAAUGUUUAAAUUGUUAUUUUAUGUGCUUUGUAAGUCAGUUUUAUUUAAAUCUCCAUUAUUACACGGGGAUCCUUGUGUUUCUCUUUGCAUGGUUUAUAAACAGGACGUAUCUGUACGGUAGUAUUAAGGAACAAUUUGAAUGCGUUGCAAUAACGGAAAAAGUUUACUGUUUUCUACCUCAUCGCUUUGGGCACAUCCAUGGUUGUUUUAAAAACUGGGUAUUUUAUUCACGAACUUAUUAGGAACAUUAGAUCACAAAACAUGUAAGGAGUCAAUAUAAUUAUAAUAAUUUAACUGUAACAAUGCUUUGACAAUCAAAUGUUUUUUUUUAUUUAAAACAUGUUUUAUUUAUGUUUUUCUCCAUUGAAACAAAGAAAAAGCAAAAUACCUCUUGGUGUUUAUUGAAUUAUCCUGUUUUGUUCCAUUCUUAAUAUUAUAAGCCUUGGUAUGAUUUAAAGCAGCCAAAUAAAUGUUAGAUACGACCUAUUCAUGUUAAAGCCACUGCAUUAUUAAGAGAUUCUGUUUUUAAGGAUUCAUUUGUGCACUUUGUAUGUAAAAGGAGGUUUUAAUUAAUUUAAUUUGUUAAUUUAUUUUUCCGUUUUAUUUAUUAUAUAGACAGUUUGUCGCAUUCAUUUUGUGAUUUCUAAAGGUGUGCUUUGAAAAUGUGUCUGUGUAAGCGACAGAAUUUCAAAUAAACAACGCACGUUGUACCCCA